CGCAGGCCAUAAACCUGCUAUACUAAGUGUCUACCGCAAUAUUAUUGAACUACUUACGCAAACUGCAAGCGUGGGAAGUCAUGGAUCUUUAUGUUGAUUAUUCGGGUACGACGAGAGGUCUCUUGCACCUAAGAAAACACGUAUGCACCGUUUACUUCUUGAUAAUCUCUCGGUCUCGCUAUUCAUUAGUUCGGAGAAAAUGCAAAACGAGUGCCUUAUGAGAGGACUUUUAUACAUAUAGAGCUAGGUACUUCGUUUGACGUAGUAAUGAGAGGUCAUCCGUUCUUUGAUCGUGUGAAGUGGUGCCAGGAUGAUGCUGACUUGUGUGCAGUUGAAAAAAGUUUGCAGAAAAAUGGAACCCUAUUUUUUUUUUCGGCGGCUCUCCCCAAAAAAUAUACUUUGCGCCAAUAUUGUAGUGCUUCAAUCCAAUGGCUUAAAGUAAGAUUUUUUUUGUAUCCCGAGCGAGUUCCGUAAAGCUUCCCUGCCUGCUAACGACUGUGAGGUGGGGCGAGGGUCUCUUUUUCACCUCACCACUCAGAUCGAUUAGCAUGUUGGAACUCAAAAAAAUGUGCAGAUCAUGUCUAAGAAUGACGUGGGCCGGUCCUCCAUUUUGUGUACUAUAGUGUUUUAGAAAGAUGGCCCUCUUCGGAGGUAAUGUGAUAAAGUCACAGAGGCAGCCACGAAGACGAAUACGAAAACACGAUUUGAAACGCUUGAAUAUAGCAUUUUUGAAACACCUGGUGUUGAAAGUGUUAGAGUAUGGCGCUUCUACAGUGAUCGUCACUGGUUUAUCACACCCUUCAAUCUAUGUGUUUCAUCUUUCUCUUUACUAGGGAGUUCAUACGUGAUUCCCCAAGAUGUACGAGAGACCGAAGCGAGACAAAAACAAAGAGUUUAUUUUUUUUUGCAAAAGUGAGUUAGAGUUCUGCAAAAGGAAUGAAUGAAGGAAGAUGGACAGUGUCGUGAGAGUGAGCCUAGAAAAGUGGCAAAGAACUACUCCAUUAAAUCAUGAGAAAAAUCAAUGGCAAAAUUAAGAAUCAGAAUGAAUCAGGACGUUUGAGUUUGUCGUUUCAAAAACAAAAAAGGAUUCAAAACCUUCUUCACGAACAAAUAAAAGAUGGCUUUUGUUCAAAAUUGAUAUACUUACUUACUAAAUCAUUCAACAUCAAAUUUGACGAUUCUAGUUUUAAGUAAUUUUUACUACAAAAGUGAAAACAACACCAAUUUCAAUCUCAAUACAACAACAUAGCAAGGAGUAAAAACAGUUUUUGUUGAGCUUUCUAUGACUUUCGAGGCCUGCUGGCGGGGUCCGUCUAGACUUGGGACCGCCUUGAGCGGUCUCAAGUGGGGCACUCAAUUGCCGUGAGUUGCCCCACCUUUAUCGAUUCGAUCUGUAGUCGAAUAAGUAUACGAUUCGUAGUCGAAGUCUGCAGAAAAUCGAUCCCUGUACGUGGUAACGUGGCUUGCUCAGUCGUGAAAAGCAGCGGAAGUGGAUCGGGACAAGGAGCAUUCUCAUAACAGAAUACAUCUACAACGCGUUCUCGUUGUCGCUUUAUCCUGGUUGCGGACGGUGCGGGGCGCUCGGCUACGGGAGAACGACAAAGUGCAAUGCAGUAGAAACAACUACACGAGUACGAGGUAGCUCAUUCUAGUAAAAUCGAAAAAGCUACACAAUCAAGAGCAAGGCGAGAAUCGCUUCCUUAACAAAACGAGAUCUGCUUUUCGACGUCCUGAGACGAGGGAGGUGACUUACACACACAGUGCUAGACGUCGCGGAUCUCGUGACCUCUAGCAGACGACGGGAAGAUGUCCGGCUUAGCAGACAUCCUGGAGCGCGAUGAUGAGGCGCGCUCCACCAUGAUGGGUGAGUUUCACCCACAGAAGUACCAAGGCCUCAUCAAGCACAUUGGCCAGAUCAAGAAAAACAUCGCAACCGACAAAAGACAAUUUGAUUAUGUUGAAGGCUAGGUAGACUAGUAUGUAGAUUGAAGGACAAAAUAGAUACUCGCUCCUUAGUAGAGAGUGAAGUAGUACCUCUUUUUCGUUGCUUCAUGCGAUAUGAUUAUUCGGGAUGGAUUUGGAUUUUAUUCUAUUCGAGUAGGUUCAGGAGUGUCGUACUCGUACUAACAGCUAGGCGGUAGGGUGGAAAUGUUGUGCUCCUACUUUGCAUAAUUCAAAUGUAAAUCAUGUUUGUAUGUUCAUUUUCUCAGUAUCAAAGGUCACGUUCUUCUCUAAUCCGGAGAGAAUGAACACGCUUUGCGAAAACAGAUCGAGAAACAGGAGAUCACUGCCAAAGUGGUGCAAAAGCAGCUGUCCACUCAGGUGGAGAUCACAAAUCGCGGAUAUGCCUCGCUUCUCACGCAGAUGCAAUUAAGGCUUCACACACGAUUACAACAUCAUUCACUGACUUGUAACAUCGCUGAAGCAGAGCCUACUUGGCAUACAACUGCUGAGCACCGCAGCUCGCUGUGGCUCCGAGUGUAUUAGACGCGGAGUAAGUAGUAGAUUACAGUCAGGGAUGUACUCGGUACUGAAGAAUGCAAGAAUACCGGCAGCUCUAACGCAAGGAAAGACGGAAGAAUGCAAGAAUCUGGAAGAAAAAGUUCGUUUGCUCACGAGCGAGAUGGAGCUGAAGCAGCGGGAGUCCGCGGUAGAAUUGAAAAAGCAUCAAGUGGAGAUGAAACAAAGGAUAGACGAGAAGGAACUCGAAAUCAAGGCGCUGCAGAGGUCGAUAGUUAAGACAAUCUUCACAAUAGGAGAAAACGAAAGGAAGUAGUACUAUAGUUUGAAUGUUGCCUCUUUUUUCGACUUGUUUGUAGUCACAGUCUUUCCUCGCUUUGGGGCUUUUAUGUAUUAGCAGUUUUUGUUCUCCGCUCCAGUAGCUUUAAUUUCUGCCUUUCUCUUGUGAGUUUGACCUCACCGUCCACGGCAAGCAUCUGGCCACCUCGUGUAAAGGUGACCUCACCGUCCGCGGCAAGGCUAGAAGUACCCUUGUUCUAACAGAGCUGAUCAUAAACAUGCGAGUGCGGUUACGGAGAGGGAGCUCCAGAAGAAAAUACAGGAUGCUGAAUACAUCGUCGAUCGGAAGGAGGAAGGUCUACAGCGGCUUAUCGACGAUAAUACGAAGUUGGAGCAACUCGUGGAGGCAGAGAAAAAUCGAGCCGAAGGUAUGUCACUCUCACCGUUUAGUAACUAUGCUUUCUGUAUCCGUGGUGUUCUCUUUUAUCGCUCGUCGAAAUCCACCACGCUCCCUGUUUCCAAGAAAAAAACGACCUCACGGACGCUGGACUCUGACAUUUGUAUUUUUCUCGUGAAUAAGUUUAAGUAUAAUCCAUGAAUCAAUUUUAACCUUUAUUAUCACCUCCCGCCCUCGCAGGUAUCCGAGCUGACGCGGAAAAACGGGUCCACGAGUUUGAAGAGAGGACGAAGGUCGUACAAUUCAGCUACAAGGAGAAAUGUGAGGAGAACGACAGGUUGGAGCAAAUAAUAGCUGAAAAGGAUCAAGAAAUUCGUGGCCUAACGAAUCGAGACAGCGACUUCGACCCAGAAAAAGACAAUUAUGGAAGAGAGAGUUUUCGCCAUUGUUCCAUGUACUAUCACGUUCUAUUGUAUGUGCUACACCUCUGCGUCUGCUCCACUGGCGCUGCUGUCAGCACCUUUCGUGAAGGCACAGUCAAGGCACAAUAUAUGAUCCUAUCCUAUGUCUUAGCAGUCUAUAAUAAAGCACGCUCACGCUCACCUUCUUUUCAUGCAGUACAACUCGCUCAUGGGUAAAUCCCGCAGACUCCUCCUCUAACCCCCGAAAGCAGCUCUUGCGGAGCAGAAGGAGGAAUUCGACGAGUUGCUGAAGAAGAAGGAGGAAGGAUUUCAGCACUUGAUUGAGGAUUUUUCCCUGAUGGAUAAGAAGAAGUCUGAGGAGCUUACGUUACUGAAGGAGAGCACGUUGCAGAUGCGACAACAGCUAGAAGAAGAGAUGAAGCUGACGAAACUCGAACUCGUCACAAAGCAGACGCUGCUAGACGAACAGAUAAAUUACGGUUGGAGGAUGGUUGGCAGAUGUACGAUGACGACCAAGAUGAUAAUUUCUCACAACACCUGUAACUGAUUUGAUGACGCUUUGUUCUCUGAGGAGGAACAACAAGAACAACAAAAUAUGUAUUCUGUUACCGUCGUCCGUGUCCUUGGUAAAUCUAAAUUGUCUUCCUUGAUGAUUACUUACAUACAGCUUUAGAUCUUGUGACUUCGUCCGCUAAUUCAAAGAGGGCGCGGAGGAGCGAGCUUUCUGGCUUGACAAGUAUGAGAAGCUUGAAGCCGUGGAGGCGGAGGCACGAGAGGGUUUUAAGCGUAAAAUUCGGGCUUUGGAGGAAGAGAGGGACGUUGCAGUGGAGGCCAUGAGCAAGCUGAAGGAGUACACUGAUGAUGUGAAGCAGAGGGAAGCUACACUUAAGGCUACCUCUAAUCCAUCUCGUCCAUAGAGAUCCCAGGAUUAACCGCAUAUUGAACUUUACUCUAUAGGCAUCCAGAACCUGACCUAGCCUAACCUAAUCGGAGCAGGGAUCUCCACAGGGAUGAACUACUAGGGAUCAUAGCGCUAAGACACGCAAGGACGAAAAAAGCGGUGAAGUCGCUACGCUUAUGCACAAGAUACGCCGUCUGGAGCAGCUAAUCAAGGACACCAAUGUACAGGCUGAAGAGGCAGUUAAGAAGAAGGAUGGCGAGGUCCAACGGUAUAUGGCGCAGAUAGCAAAGCUGCAGGAGCAAAUAACAGUAGCGAAGAAGCGUGAAAGAGACAUAGACUUCAUGUGGGAAGAAAGGAUGCGGGAGAAAGAAAUCGGUGCGGGGAAGCUACUAAAGGAACUGUCGGAGCUGAAGGAGGAGUUCGUUUUCGCAGAGCAAAAAGUCACAGAGGCACAAGCCAAACAAGAAGCAGCGCAGAAAAAAAUGCGACUUGUACUUUCGUUGGUUAUAUUUGAUGGGCUACAACAACAACUUAUUCUAGCACGUGGAUUCUAGCACGUUCUUUGAAAAACUAUGGUAUUCAAUGUCCACCCCGCACUUGUACGAAGGUGAGCAUUUUGAUGACCACGACUCGCGGCGAGGUCGGGAAGAGACUCCCCUAACUAGAUAUUGUCAGCAAACUUUGAUGUCUUCCAUCUUCAAUUUGUAUCGCAACCAUUUGUACACGACUCAGAUCGAGGCGCAGCUCGCGGAGGAAAUCAAGCAAAAAGAGGCCGAAAUUGUGCGACUAGGUGGCGUCAUUCAGAAGCUGAAGGAGGAAGUACAGCGUGAGAUUCAGCGCCAGAAGGAAAUAGAAGAUUAUGGCUUCACGUGCGACAGAAAUAGAGAUCACGUCGGUCUUGUUCUUGUGCUUACUAUUUAUAAAUACUUGAUAUCCAGUCCGCAUACAUCGGCGUUGACCAUACUCAGUGGUCGCUUGAUCCGCGAAAUAAAAAGGCGUGAAUGCAGUUUCUUUCUUCCUCUAACCAUAACUGUGGAAGCGUCGUCUUGCGGAAGCAGAGGAGCGUGAGCGUCUAGCGUUGGAGGCGAAGGAUGAGCAGAUUAUGGAGCUGAAAGCUCUGCAGAAGAAACUGGAGAAGACUAUUCAGGAUCGCAUCGCGGAACUCAACGAUCUCAGAGAAGAGCUCGAUGACUUAGGUACCGAGAUGGAGGAGGAGAUUCAAAGUCGCGAUCGCAUCAUAGACGGUCUCAGAAACGAGAUCACAGCAUUAAAAGAGAUGUACGAAGAGAUGCUAGAGGGAUUACGCGCAGAAUACGCGAAGCUGAAAAAAACAUACGACGAGGAGGUACUUGCUUCUUCUACUAAGGAUAUUUAUAUUACGCUGUACUUGUCUGGAAUGGCAGUGGUUGCAUUGAACCAUUUUUGACUUACUUGUUCGUUUAUGAACACAAGUAGAUUCUCACACAUUUACAUUGUGUAACUAAUCGACAAACAAAAUCUUGCCAUCCUUGUCUAGUUGCGAUCUUCCCCCUCACUGUACCUACUCUCAACUUUUAGGUGGGAGAAGGUGGUGUUCAAGAGCAGAAGCAGAAGGCUGAGCGGCUGGAGAAGGAUAUGGCUGCUCUCCGUGAGGUAGUCGAUCAGCUGAAACAGAAGAUCAUUGAGCUGAAGGCAAUCAUUCGCGAGAAGGACCUCGAACAGGACGAGCUUCAAAAAGAAACCAUGGAUCUCUUGUUUAUCAAAGGUACUGCUGUCGAAGGAAUGCACUGCUUUUGAGAUACUUAGAAGAUUGUAAAGAAACGCAAAAGAAAAUGCAUCGUCCUCUACAUAUCAAUGCUUGCAGAUACCUGAAGAUCAAAAUUGGAACUUCAACGUCGCACUCACAACACAAGCUACGCUUAAAUUAGGACGGAAAUCAUUGAAUCUGAUUCAUCGUAUUGACAUGGAAUGCGUUUUUGAAUCUUUUCCAACAUUUCAGAAACCGCUUACAAGAAGCUUGCCGCAGAGAACGCGGAGAUGUCCGAUCAGCUGGAACAGUGGGAGUACAAGUUGAAGGAAGCGGAAAUGAAGGGACAGAAGGACGCUUUUAAGAUGAAGAAAUACUUCGAUCGGCAGCUCGCGGCAAAGGACUUCACCAUAGGAGAACGAGACAAAACCAUAGAAAAAAACAAAGAAUGGGUACAACUGCCUGUUUCUUCUACAUUUCAAUUUUUGUUUUUCUUGGUUCAAUCUCAAUGAUCUUGAGCGUUGUAGUAUUUGUGAAGAAACCAUCUAGCUUCAUUCACUUGACAUGAAUGAUCAAGUCAUGAGAUAACGUUGUCCCUCUGCUAGAUGAAUAUGAAGACGAGCAUCUUCGCACCACUCUAUUGCUGGUCCUUCAAGCCGACCUCAUGCUUAAAUUCGUCCAAAUGUACCGUCCACAGCUCGUUGAAAUCGACCGGUGGAAGAAGGAGAAUGAGAAAAGGCGCGAUGAGAUGGCGCAGAUGGAACGGGACACAGAGGAAAAAAUCCGCCAAAAGGAGGUCGGAAUGCAAUACUUAGUGGACGAAGUGAAAGAACUUCGCGGUGACUUACAAAUUAUGAAAAGCACAGAUACAAAAAACACUUAUUCUAGCGGUAUCUAUUCGGGUAAGCGAAGCCAAAGUCAUAGGCAACAGAUGGCUGCUUCGUCUCUAUUUGAUACCUCCAGACACAGCGCUGACAUACUUCGACAUAGUUUCGUAUUCGUUGUUUUCAUCUGUUUUUCCAUCCUCGUGUUUGCUCCGUACUAUUCGUUCUCUAAGAUUUAGCAAGAAGAGGCAUACGAACAGAAGACCGCGGCAAGGGAAAAAGAGGUGCGAGAUUUGGUUUAUACCAAGGAGGAAGAGUACAAGGCUCUCGAGCGGGAUACGAUACAGCUCCGGUCGGACUACAAUCAGUGCAAGCUGGACCUUGCCGCUGCGAUUGCCGAUGGACAAAAAGUAGACCCAGAGAAAGUCAGGCUACAGAAACUUGCAGAGGACAAUUAAGGCUUCUCGUUUUGGAUGCAAUUCUAGCUGCUUCUCCUCAUCUGCACAUACAUACUUCAAGAAGAGGGUUAGUAUUUGUUGUGCCGUAUUCAUCUAAUGGGAAUAGGGAUACGGGUUGCUCACGAGUGAAAAUGCGUCAUCUAUGUAGACUGAAUUGAGUUUCAGACCACAACGAACAAUUCCAAUUCUUCCGUACGUAGUAUCCCAGUCAAAAUCAAUGUGAGGAAAAAACGAAAAACUAGAAAAUAAUUUUGAAGUAGAAGUAGUUUUACUAGUUGUACACUUGUGUACCUAGUAGAUCUGUCCAUUCCUUUUUUAGCUCCUUCUCGUCUAAGAUUACGCACUGACAAUCGCGGAGAGCAAGCGGGCGAUAGACGUCAUGACGAAGGAGAACGAAAACGAGCGAAAGCGAUCAAGGGAAGUCGAGGAGCAGUGCGCACGAGACAUCAAGAGGGCGAAAAAGUCUUAAGGCAACCUUGUGUGGGUCUCAGCCAGAAUCACUCUGUGGUAUGAUCGUUUCUCAGGUGACUAUGUCCAGUUGUAUCAGGGACACUAACAUGAGAUUACGAGCCAUAUACAGUAGGAUGACUACACCAGCGAUGAUUCAGAAUGCCUCGCGAAGAGGAACGAAGCACAAUUCCGCAAGUCAGACUCUAAGAACCGGAGGAAACGGAGGUGAAACGGCGGGAGCAUGCAGAAAGAGAGCUGAAGCUUGUGAAGGAGAUGUGCGAAGAGCAAAUGGUCAAAGCGGAGCUUAUAUGCAAGCAGAUCGAAGAGCGUUAUCGUGCCUUGCCGAAUCCUUUCGCCGACGAGGUCGUCGAAGUCCGAGAAAGAGUCGAACAACAAAAAGCCGGUAUUGGAGUGUUUCAGAAUAUGGAAAAGGGAACAGCUCUAUACUUGAACAACUCAUCUCUGGUACAUACAGAACCAUCAUGUACAGCACCCCUAGCUUCUGGCGCAAGCAGUUGAUACGAUGAAUAAUCGUCUCUACCAGAGCUUCUCUAGCUCCACAUAAGUCCAGCUGACUUCACAAAACAUCAUAAAUGAUCCAACUCGUCACGACAGGUAUUGAGAAUCUUCGACUGGAGAACGACACUUUGGUCCGCGAGCUUCAGCUCAAGACCAAGCAGUUUGCGGAAGACAAGCUCGAACUCGAAAAGAAACUGGUGUACGCGACGACGGUCCUGAACGAAGUAUCGUCACUCGGCGCAAUCCGCGGUCUCGCCGGAUUCGACGAGAAUGAGGUGCUAGGAGCGUCCGGAGCUGGAAGUCCUCGCGGAGGCAAAGGGCUUUUGGGUGGAGAAAAAAAUGGCCUUCCUGGUUCACCUAAAAAAGGAAACAAACUCUCCGGAGGAGGGGGUGGAGGCGGAUUCUCACCCGCUGAUGCGCCGGGCGAAGGGAAGCAGGAGAAGAAAAAGAAAAAAGCCGAGAAAAAAGUACAAGUCCUUCCAACGGUGGACGAAGAAACCCGUUCGGAGGCAGCGGAUACCGGCAAAUCAUAGUUCUUGCGAACCUCUGCUAUUUCCUACGUGUUUAGGUGAAAAGUAGAUUUCGAAUCUACCGUGUAAACCUAAUGACUUUGACUGCAUCAAAACUUAAUGAAGAUCAAUGAGAGAGAGGUUCCAUCCCUCAUCUCCUUCUUACCAAAUGAAAAAAAUCAUCUUUAUCUUACUUUCUGAUAUUGCGCGCUUUUCAUUCAAGAACAUUGCAGAGUUCGCUUACAAAUAUUUUCGAUUUCUUGCUGACAAUUGCCUUCAUUGCUAGCCACACUAGCACGCAGGCAUUCUGCCUGUCGGUUUCGUCUUUUUGUCGUGAUUACUUAUCUACUCUGACUGUGGUUCUAUGUAACGGGUGUCGUUGCCUGCCGUUUUGGUAUCCCCGUCUUGUCCAAGCAUCAUUGACUAAUGCAAGACUACGCAGCCUAGGAAAUUAAAUCGUUGCUGAGAUUCCGACAGUAGUAUCGAUAAACACAGGAAGUCAUAUAAUUGUCAAUUCUUCAUUUCGGUCCCUCGACCAGCAUGGUGGGGGAAGCAUACAGGGCUUCCUCGCCCUCAACCUAUACUAGGAGGGUCAGAGUCCCCCUGGCAAUACAAUUUCUUGAGCUAUGCCAGUCUGUUCCCCCUGUUCCCUCUUGCCUUCCCGAGCUUAAUGCAUGAUGGGGUAUCCCCACAAAGUUCCAUCCCCAAACAACCAUUGGACGCUCAUCAGCAUCUAAUAAUGUCAUGAUACUAGUACGCUCAAUCAUCACGUUGUUACUUACAUACAAACAUCAAGAAGUAGGAACGCUGCAACCGUGGAGUAAGAUGUGACAGCGAACUCGAGGAAAU